GGCGUUAUAAGUGGGUCUACGGAGAGAACAGCUGCAAAGUAAUUAGUGGGGACCCUAUAGAGACGAUACACCCUGCGCGUUUUUCUCUCAGUGUUCUCCGUAACCUCGAAGAACCCUGGAAUAAUUUCGUCAUUGGGAGCAAGCGUCUGGGGUACUGAGGACUAGAUCACAGAAGAGACAAGAGAGAGCGUGUGUCUUCUUCUUGGCAAGAAAAGAUUUUCUAGGGCUGAAGUUUUGGAACGAGCCCUCGCUGACUGGGAUACUGUGUACGUGACAGGAUUUUUGGACGGCAAACAUUCGUAAAUAUCUACCACAGGAAAGGACAUCUAUGUAUUCCCAAGCACAGAAAGACAUGGCAAAAAGAAACCUCGGCUUGAAGUUAGGAAACCUCCCCGGACUUAAGAAACAACAAGAGAAGAAAGAAAUGGAGCUUGCAGACGACGGUAAGAAAUGCGACGUGCAUCAAGAAGGGAGGGAGAUAGAGAUCGAAGACACCGAAAAGGGACGGAAAGGAAAACUGGACGAAAAGGUGAGGAAUAUAGACAUGGACGAUGGAGAUAGGAGGGCCAAAAUGAAGGAAAAGGGAAGAAAAAUGACGGUGAGUGAAAAGGGAAAGGAGAUGACAACGGAAGAAGUGGGGAAAGUUCUAGAAAUGGAGGAAGAUGGCCGACUAAUUGGGGUCGAAGAGAGGGGGACAAAGACGCAGUUGAAUCUAGGCGGAAAGAACCUUGCAAUGCAGGAGGAAGGUCGCAGGGUGGCGCUGCAGGAUCGUGACAAACUGAUGCAGCUGGAGGAGAAGGGGAGCCGGAUGGAAAUGGACGAGGAUGACAGGAUGAUGGCGAUGGAAGAAGACACAAGGAAAUUGUCUAUCAAAGAAAAGGGGAGAAAGAUGGGCCUAAAAGAAGACGAAAAGAGAUUGGCCAUGGCAAAGGAAGGAAAGAAGAUCAUGCUAGACGAAAAAUCGAAAUCCAUGGCACUGCAAGAGGAGGGGAAAGAUCUAGAGCUAGAAGAGAAGCAUAAAAAGAUGGAGGCAGAAGAUUUGUUCUCGGGGAGGAAGAUUGCUUCACAGGACAGCCAAAAGAAAAUGGCGCUGGAGGAAAAUGGCAGAAAAACCGCGCUGCAAGAACGAGAGAGAAAGAUGCAACUAGACGACAAAUCCAGAGGAAAAUCCAUGGAACUCGAAGAAAGAGGGAAGAGGCUUGCCGUCAAAGAAAAGGGUAAAAGUUUCGAGCUCGAAGAAGAAGGAAUGAAGGAGAAACAAAGGCAGGAGUUCGAAGGAGGCCACAAGACAAAAUCGCAAGAAAAGAGCAAGAAGGUCCAACAGACAACCGAAGAAACCGAAGACGGUAGAAGAAUGGAGCUCGAGGAAUCUCAGAAAGAAGAAGAACACAAGGAAGAAAGCAAGGUGGAAUCCUUCAACGGGGGCUUCAUGGAGACCAGCACAUCUAGCAGUCGGGAAUCAAAGAGUGAGAGAAGAGAAGAGAGUUACGAGGGAGGAAACAUCACCAUGGGAAUGGCUGAUUUUGGCGACGAGGAUUGGGGAAUGGAGCUUCCUGGAAAUGCGGCAAGCAGAAAGCCACAAAGUGGACGUAGAAAGUUUGGAGCGAGCUUUGAACAAGAGAGCGACGACAGGAUGAAAGAGAUGGAGGAAGAGAUGGCGAGAAUGACAAUCGGAGGUGCCAAGAAGAUGAAGAGGCAAGGAAACGGCGCCAUGGAAGAUAUGAUGAAGAAAAUCAGCAGCCAACAAGGAGGAGGAACGACCAGGAAGACAUACAUCAAGCGAGGAGGAAGUUUCUCAAUGGAUGAACAAAUGGAUAUGGGAGGACAGUGUAGCUUCUACAGCCAUGAUAUUGACCUCUAAAUAUCACAUGACCUUGAACAACAUACCCCUAAAACCUAGCCCUCCUAUUUUUACAUGUAAGUAAAAUGAUACUAGUUGUAUGAGACGACAGUCGUGUAUAUAUGGCAUUUUCUUCGUAUAUAUUUCGACAGGUGUUGAUAGAAUCAGAGAAAGCUUUUCAUAAAAUGCACGCUUUGUAUUGUGACUAAUUGACUUAAAGUAGACGUAGAUUUCUUUGGUCUUUAUAGAUGUACUA